UUGCAAAUUUUCUUUUGCACUUUGCAAACUAUCAUUUAACAAGUGUUGUUUUAUCAUCCUAGACAAUAUAUAAUGCAUAUACAUAUUGACAUUUCUCGUGUGUUUUGUAGAUGUAGAAUUUGCCUAAACUGUUACAUGCCCAGAAGUUUACAGGAAAACUGAAGUCGUCGUAAGUAGACGCUCUCCUCCUUUAACUUGCCUGGUCCUUUAACUCCAUGUCCUGUUUAUCAUUGUUCUCAUUACAGGGCAUAAACAUUUUGGCUUGUCACUCUUUUCAGUCCAACAUGAGCUUCAAGAUCUUCUGUUUUGUUCUCUGUAUAUAUUUCUCUCCCUUUGUGCAUAGCUCAAACAACUACAGUACCAAUUCUUUGGAUGAAUAUCUUCAAGAUUUGGCUUUCAAUACUUUGGUUCAUCACCGGCCUUACCAUUCGGGCGCUCUAUACAAUCCAAUUCUCCCAGCUAACUUCUCAGGCACCAGAGUUUCAAUCGUAAGGCUCAGAAGCCGGAGGUUAUGGAACAUCGGUGCUAAUUUUAGCAACUUUCAUAUCCCAUCAAGAACCAUAACAGAGCCUCAUGCCAGAAGACUGGCUAUAGUCUACCAAGACUUUGGCAAUUGGUCUUCUCACUACUACAGUGUUCCAGGCUACUCACUGAUCACUCCUGUGAUUGGUUUUAUGGUUUUUGAUGCAUGGAAUAUAUGGGCUAAAAGAAAGCUUAGUCUAAAUACACUGGGAAAGCCUAUAGUGAUUCGUUUCUUCAAUUCAUCACUGUCUGAUCAAAGGGUCUCAAGAGCGAAAUGUGUAGCAUUUAGCCCCAACGGGACGCUUCAUAUAAGUGAAAUGAGUGUGGCUAAUGUAUGUCAUUCUCAAGAUCCGGGUCAUUUCUCCAUUGUAGUUCCAUUGAAUUCGAAGAGGAAGCAUCGGCUGUGGUAUACGUGGGUGAUUGGAUUUGGUGGGAUGAUUUUGAUAGGUUACGUUGGGAUUUUGUUGAUGAAAGUUUUGAAGACGAAGAAGAUUCAAGUAAUGGAAAGACAAGCUGAUGAAGAUUUGGUACUUGGUAACAUAUGGGUUGGAAGUAGCAAAAUGCCCUCUGCAACAGUGACAAGAACUCAGCCAACACUCGAGGAUGGAGGUUUGCCAUAGUAAUGAAUUUCCUUAAUAUGAAACUUGUUUUAGCUUCAUGUUGCUCUUUCUCUUAUUUCACAUCAAUAUAUGUAGAGUUGCCAUUAUCAAAACAUAUUAUACAACAAUGUGAUGCAUGUAUUCAGAUUUGAAUGACUGUAAAAUUUAAAACGGAAAUUACAAGAAUAGUGAGUAUCAGGAGCUGUUCAGAUAA